AAGUGACAAUUGUUGUGACUUCUGCUAUAGCUGGUGUCGGGUGACUCGGGUCUUCAAAAUGACGGGUGUUCGGGUGUUAUCUGUUUUCCUGACUUUAUGCCUUUGUGGUUUUUCUGUUGCUAAGGAUCAUGUCCCAGUGCUUAUUUGGAAUCCAAAUCAGCAUCAAGGAGGUGUUCCUUCAGUGUCAGCUUUACAACACAUCAGUUAUGCAACUUUCAAUGCCAAGUACUUAGCUUCAUUCAAACCAAACAAUAUUCUACUCUUUCUUCAGGAUGCAUUGAGUAUUGAAGAUUUGACUGGUCACACAUCUGAACUUCACCAUGUCAAGGAAUGGAUGGAGAGUGGUCAUUCACUCUUCUUACCCAAUGUUGAAGAUGCAGCACGCUUGGUUCAUGAUCUGCCGGCUCAUGGCUAUAAUGUACUAAAACUGGAUCAUGAUGCUGGACUGAGUAUGAAACAAGAGGAUAAGAAUUUGGUUGUGGUUGAACUUCCUUCAACAGAAACGAAUCCAAGUAGGCGUCGUGCUUUGCAGAAAGCAGAUGAGGUGAUGGAAAAUGUCAUUUCCAAGAUAGGGAAGCAGAGGGAUUUCACCAUAAUCUUCACUGGAAAGAAACCUUCUGUGGAUGAACGUAAUGAUCAAUAUGACCAACGAAUUCGUGUUUCGCGCUCUCUUCAGGCAGUACAAGAAACUAUUAAUGUGACUGGAUAUCAUUUUUCUGAAUGUACCAAGAUGUAUUUGAGGCAAAACUUAACAGUACUCAUGCCAAAAGAUGGAACAAAGGUGCCUUAUAUGAUUGAUGAAAACAGCAGCUUAUCCAACAAUACUGGCGACUGUCGAACUGACUUUAACAGUCUUCAUGUGAAGUACUUCAAUAUUGAUAUUGGUGGUACAACUUAUUCCAAGGUUUAUGUGACGUACAAUUUCCAGUUAAAGAGGGGCCCUUCAUGGGUUCUUGAAAGUGUAUCUAUUAGUACUGACACUGAAGUUGCUAAUCAGUUCUUCUCAUUGGAAACUCCCAUGGAUUCUGUUCCCAAGGGCAUGUCCUUUGCUUGCUCAGAGAAAUUUGUUUUUAAAGCAAAUGGUACUUUCUUGGGCGUCGACAAUGUUGAACUAGUGUUGGAGCGUUUUCAGAUGGAGGCCUUCAACAGGGGAGACAAAUUUGGUGGGGCAUGGGACUGUGUGGGCUUCUUUACAGUUCCCAUUUGGUGUGGUCUGCUGUCAACACUUAUCUUGGUGAUCAUUCUUACUAUGGGAUUAUUUAUGUUGAGUGACAUCAAGACCAUGGAUCGAUUUGAUGAUCCUAAAGCCCAGCCUCUCAAUGUUCCAGCCGCUGACUAAACAACUAAAGAAAAAGUAGCCCUUGCAUAAGGGUUUUGUCAAGAGUAAUGAAAUUAAGUUAUUGAAUUUUGUCACAGUUUAGAGAACAAAUAUGAAUAAGCUGAUUGUUGCAGUUUUCCAAAAGAGAAAUCUAAUGAGCCAUUUGCUAGUUACCUACUGUUUGUCAUUACUUGAAUUGUAGUGUUUACAUAUCUUGUUAAAGAAAUAAUACAGCAUAAACAUUGAAGGAUGUUUUGCCCUAACAGCAGUGCUUAGUAUAGCAUGGAAUUUAGAUUAAAUAAUUAAUACUUAAUACUAUUACUGUCAAUAGGUAAUACCUGUAUGUACAUAAGAUUGUUAAUUGUGUUAAAAGAGCUCACUGUAGUCCCAUGUAUUCUGAAUUUGUAUAAUUACAGAGAGGGAAGCACAGUUAAUUAAGUCUCAAGUCAUGUUAAUUGCUGCUAAAAGAUAUUGUAGGCCUUGUUAUUCAUUCUAAAGUAUGUUUUAUCAUAAAUAACAGCUUCUGUCAUCGGCUGUCAACAUAAAACCAUUUAUAGUUACUUCCAAAUAUACCCAAAUUUCAUAUUAGCCAGCAAGGUCUGAAUUAUUUUGUCGUCUUUGUACUAAGUAUUGGUCAGCUGUUGUAAACAGACUGUGUGUGUGUUAAGCCCCGUCCACACGGUCGAUGUUUGCCCGACAGACUUUGUUUUAUGUGACGUCAGAAGCGGAGAAACAGCGGAUCAGGUUCUGACUUUUCCUGCUUCUGAGGUCACAUCGAACAAAGUCUGUCAGGCAAAGUUCAAUGAGUGGACAGGGCUUUAUUGUUUUAUAUGGAGUAGCUUUAUGUUUGUGCUCAAAUGGUCAAAAUUUAAGUAAAGGCCAUAGUAAGUACUAAUCUGGAACCUUGGUUUGUACCCUUUUAAUGUAGUACAGUAGUUACAGGAUAUUAAAAGUAAUGUUCUUCAAAUCUCAAAAUUAUAUAUUUUUACUUUUAAGACUGAAUACUAGUUAAAAAAUUUAACAUAGUAAUAGCACAAAUCAGAUUUAUGUAAACUGUAGUGGCAACAAAUAGAUUAAGAAAUUAAAUGAUUUCAGAAUACUCUUGUAUGUUGGCCAUUCAACACCCUAAUUUUUUCUUUAGAAUUUCUUAGGGAUGGAGUGAGAUUCAGAUGUGGGCACAUGGUUAUAAUCUAUCAUUAGUGGGUGUGAAACAAGUCUUGAAGGUAAUUUAGUUGUUAGUUAAUAUUGUGUGUAAUAAACCAAGGUUUCCCAAGUUUUGUUCUAAAUUGAAGAAGGAGAAGCUGCUUUCUAAUUAAGAGUGCUAAGUACUGAACAGUUAGACAAAGAACCCACUUCUCUUUAACCAUUGCCAUUUCAUUUACUUCAGUGGGAAAAUGAUAUAAAAAUUGUCUCAUUUUUCCAUCAGAGUAAUUGUGAUUUUUCAACACCAUGAAACUGAAGAUUAUAGUUUUAACUUGUAAAUAUGUUACUGUGAUUGUGUAUAUAUAUACAUAUAUAUGUAUCAGGUCUUUUUAAUAUUCAGUUGCUCUAUAUGAAAGGAUCUGUGAAGAAGAAUUACAUUCCAGAAUAAAGAAAUGAGUGUAUGUAUGUAAAUGUUCAAGAAUGUAUAGUUAAAUAAAGGUGUUAAGGUGUCA